GGGCUGCUGCUGCUGCUGCUGCUGGUUGCUCGGCGCUCCCUGGCGCCCUCCUCCUCCUCCUCCUCCUCCAUGCAGUCCUCCUGGUUGCCGUCGUCCAUGCGGGGCAAGACGGUGGUCAUCACGGGCGCCAACAGCGGCAUCGGCCUGGCCACGGCGGGCCAGCUGCUGCGCCGAGGGGCGCGCGUCAUCCUGGCCUGCAGGCACCCAGACCGGGCCCUGCAGGCGGCCCAUGCCCUCCGACCCCACCUCCCGACCCCUGAUCCCAAUCCCCAUCCCGAUCCCGAUCCCCAUCCCGAUCCCCAUCCCGACCUGCUGGUCCUCAGGGAGCUCGACCUGUCCUCGCUGGCCUCCGUGCGCCGCUUCUGCCAACACCUGCUGCAGGAAGAGCCCCGCCUGGAUGUCUUGAUCAACAACGCCGGGAUUUUUCAGUGUCCUUAUAUGAAGACGGAGGAUGGUUUUGAGAUGCAGUUUGGUGUCAACCAUCUGGGGCACUUCUUACUCACCAAUCUCCUUCUGGAUCUUCUCAAAAGCUCCGCUCCAAGCAGGAUCAUCGUCGUUUCUUCCAAGCUUUACAAAUACGGAGACAUCAACUUUGAAGAUUUGAACAGUGAGAUAAACUACAAUAAAAGUUUUGCAUAUAGUCGCAGCAAGCUGGCUAACAUCCUGUUCACCAGGGAACUAGCUCGCCGCUUAGAAGGCACAGGGGUCACGGCAAACGUGCUGCAUCCCGGUAUUGUCCGUACCAAUCUCGGCAGGUACAUAGAAAUCCCUUUAUUGGUCAAACCCCUCUUCAACCUAGUGUCCUGGGCUUUUUUUAAAACUCCACUCGAAGGCGCCCAGACAUCUAUUUAUCUGGCCUCUUCUCCCGAGGUAGAGGGGGUGUCGGGCAGGUAUUUUGGAGAUUGCAAAGAGGAAGAGCUGCUUCCAAAAGCCACGGAUGACGCCGUUGCAAGAAAACUUUGGGAUAUCAGCGAAGUGAUGGUCGGCAUAGUAAAAUAAAGACCAGAGGACAGGAGAGAAGAGACGCAUCCAGUUAGCUUUCGGUAACCCUUCUGUCCAAGUGCCAUGACAAAAGGAUGCAUCAGUCGCUGGAAGACUUGAGAAACGCGUGUCCGUUAUUUUAUUUAAAUGUAGAUAGUUCCCUUAUUUUGACGAUUGUUAUCAGACUUACUAUGCUCUAUUUUGAACUUUAAGGAUCCCCGUUUGAGUGAUGACAAAAUAGCAUGUAUAAGGCAAAAUAAAAUGACUCUUUUUGCCUA